AUGGCUGAGACAGCUCCAGUUCUUGUUAACCACAGGCCUUUUGAACCAAACCCUAUCCUCUCCCUUCACUCCACUGACUCAUCCAUCAUCAAACCUCAUGAUUCCAUUGCGGUUGUUGAUGAUGUUGAGAUCCCCACCGUUGAUUACUUCAUGUUAUUCUCUGAUGAUCUUGAUGAACGAUCCAAAGCCCUCGAAUACAUAGGCCAUGUCUGCAAGGACUUCGGCUUCUUCUAUCUGGUAAACCAUGGCAUAUCCGAUAGCGUGUUUGAGGGUGUUUUCAAAGGAAUUUCUGACUUCUUUAAUCCAACGGAGAUAGAGAGCCGAAAGCAGUACGAGAAAAAGAAUCCAACAGAUAGAAUUCGAUGGGGCUUACGAUCUUCUCCUGGAGAGAAUAGGGAAUAUCUCAAGAUCAUCGCGCAUCCCCAGUAUCACUGCCCUACUAAACCAGCUGGUUUCAGUGAGUCCAUGGAAGAGUAUUUCAAGGGCUUGCGAGAGGUAGUACAGGGUUUGGGAAAGGCAGUGUCAAAAGCCUUGGGAUUUGAAGAAUGCUACAUAGAAAAAGCUUUUAAGCUUGGAACGGGCUUUGAUGUGUCAGCCAUGAACCUCUACCCCCCAAAUUUCAGAUCAAAAGGUUCCAUUGGUGUACCUGACCAUACUGACCCUGGCUUCCUUGUUUCACUCAUUCAAGAUGUGAAUGGUGGCUUACAAGUAUUUUCCAAUGAUGGAAACUGCCUCAAUGUCAAUAUGCCCACUAAUGCCAUUUUUAUAAACCUUGGGGACCAUCUUGAGAUAUUGACAAAUGGGAAAUACAAGAGCCAUGUUCACCGAGUGGUUGUGGACAACAACAAAGUGAAGAGGAUCUCAGUGGCUACGCUUCACGGACCUUCAUUGGAUGCAUUUGUGAGCCCAGCACCAGAGUUUGUGGAUGACUCUCACCCACCUGCAUAUCGUGGACUGACCUACAAGCAAUCCUUACAAGCUCAUGGCUCCGAUGAGAUCGAUGUCCAAUCUAGCAUCGAACAAAUUCGCCUUUAA